UGUAAAUAAGAUGUUGCGAAUUUUUAAAAAUGUUCGGCACAAGCACACUUGGAUCAAACCGGAGGGAUACGAACUUCCUAUUAGUGUGUACAAUUGUACGGCCAAGAGGAAAGUUCCUCUGGUGCUGAGGAACAAAGAGUUGAUGACCUGGUAUACUUGUGGACCAACAGUCUAUGACUCUUCCCACAUCGGACAUGCCAGCUGCUAUGUGAAGCUGGAUAUCAUACAGAGGAUACUGCGGGAGCAGUUUAAAGUAAACAUUGUAUCUGUUAUGAAUAUCACUGAUAUAGAUGAUAAAUUGAUUAGAAGGGCUGAGGACGAGAAGAGCAGUGUACAGGAACUGGCAAAGUUUUAUGAGAGGGAUUUCUGGGAGGAUUUGCAGUCUCUCAAUGUACCAAAACCAGAUAGAGUUGUUAGAGUCACUGAUAAUAUGCCUGUGAUAAUAGACUUCAUACAGUCUUUACUUGAAAAUAAGCAAGCUUACCAAAGUGUAGAUGGAUCAGUUUACUUUGAUACAGGCUGCUAUAAAGGAGUUUAUGGGAAGUUGCAGAAUAUUGGGGAAAGUGAAUCUGAGAAAAGUAAUGUUAAAAGAUCUCCAGCGGAUUUCGCUUUGUGGAAGGGAAGCAAAGGGAAUGAGCCCAAAUGGGAGAGCAACUUUGGUCCAGGCAGGCCUGGUUGGCACAUUGAAUGUUCUGCACUUGCUGGAACUAUUUUAGGAUCCAACAUAGAUGUGCAUGCUGGUGGUAUAGACUUGAGAUUCCCGCAUCACGAAAACGAAGAGGCCCAAUCAUGCUCCUACUUUUCAGUUGAUCAAUGGGUGAAUUAUUGGUUGCAUACCGGUCACUUGCAUCUGAAAGAUUCGGUUAAAAUGUCGAAAUCGCUGAAGAACACGCUCAGCAUAAAAGACAUGCUGAAAACGUGUAAAGCAGACACGUUCCGCAUGGCCUGCCUUAUGUCGCAUUACUCCAAGAACAUGGAAUAUUCCGAAGAGAUGCUGAGAACAGCCAACAACUACCUCUUAACUUGCAAGAACUUUAUGGAUAACUGCGCCGCUUAUCUGGACAAUCCAAUUCAAACCAAUUUGAAUUCCGAUUUGCUGAUGACCCAUUUGGGUAAAACGAAUCAAGAGGUAGAAGACGCCUUGAAGGACGACUUCGAUACUGCCUCGUGCGUGAAGAGUAUCAACAAUUUGAUGAGCAGCACCAAUAAGAUGAUUCAUACGGCCGCCUCUGAUUCUUCUGGCAACGACGGUUCAAUUGGUUUAAUGGCAAUCACAAAUUUCGUUGGGAAAACCCUGAAUUCCUUCGGUUUAAAUCUGAACAAAGUUAACAGCGAGAGCGACAAAGACUUUGAUAGAAUCGUCGAUCUUUUGGUGCAGUUUAGGGGAGAAUUAAGGCAAAUUGGGGCGAGCAGCAAAAGCAAAGAAGUCUUCGGAUUAUGCGACGGCAUCAGGGAUGAAAUGUUGAAGAUGGGAAUCGAGAUGAAAGACAGGGGAAAGUCAACGACUUGGUCCAGAUGAUUGAAACUAACGUUAACUAAA